GUUGGUGGAACCCGUGAUUGGGAGGAACCUAUGUGAGAUGUCUUUAAAUUGUUCACAGCAAAAAUGGGCGUAAAUCCAUGCCCCUACCCAGAAAGCAUGAGAAAGCAUGUUCAGAUUUCCUCCACGAAUUUACUUCUAUAAUAGGCAAAUUACUUAUAUUUUUACGUCCAGAAGACAGUCUAUUUUAUUCACUAGAGUAAGUAACAAAUAGAAGUGUACAUUUAUUAUCAUGGCGUGUGCAGUUGACGCACAGAAUUUGAUCUCUAUUUCUUUGCGGAAAAUGCAUAACUCCAGAACGCAGAGAGGAGGUAUCAAGCUCCACAAGAACUUGCUGGUCACAUAUGUCCUGAAAAACGCUAGAGAUUUUUACAUGAGCAUGGAGUUUGCAGAAAUGUAUAGCUGCCUACAGCAGAACGGAGAGAUGAGGACUGUCUGUGAUGAAAAGCAGGACUCUUUUGAAAUGACCGGGAACUGUGAGGAUCUAGCUGGUGAGUUUCGCUGCAACUACACAGGGGAUGUGUUGGACACUUACCACUGCGCAGCGCCACAAUCGACUUGCCACCCAGCAAUGGUGCCCGAUGCGCACAUCCAAACGGCACCUGCCUGUUUCAUGGCUCCUGUCUAUCAAUGUGACCCUAACCUCAAGUCCUCGGGGGUCUGCUGGGACUGUUAUGCGGAACCUUACACAGCCAACCGGGACAUUCCUGUCUCAAACACACACAACCAAAAGACUGUAUUGGACUUGGACACACAUGUGGUGACUACUGUCGAGAAUGGAUAUCUCCCCCCAGACUACUGCGUGUCAUUAAAACAACAUGGUCAGGGCCCGCAAAGUUCUCAUAAGAAACGAAAAAUGGAUUCAAGUGAUGCUUCUGAUUCCGAUUAUCUGUCAGACUUUGUGCCCAUGUCAUGCAAACGCAUUAGGUAUGAUGACGUUUCUUGUUGUAAUUCUGAACAACUGGACACACCGAACAUCUCCAACCUCAUGUCAGUGUUAGGCUCGGGGUUUACUGAGCUGUUGAACUGGCAAACGGACGUGGAACAGGUAGUAAACGGACAAACAAACUGUUGUAAACAAGCACUGGCGGGCAGCGGUGCAUGGACUAGAGCAAUUGAGGCUUUUUGAUUGACACACGUUACAUUUUUCUACAAACCAUUGGUGGUCUCAAAAAAAUACAUAAUUGAUAUACUUAACACUGUUCUGCUCUGUUUCAAUUUAAAAGCUGUUGAACUCAAUUUAAAUUGUACUUUCGUGAGAGGGCUCGCGCAAUAUGUGCGAUGACCUAUGUUAACCAUGGAUUGCUGAUGCUAUGUAUGCCUAUUGGCCAUUUAGAGGCUAUGAAGCCACGGGCCGAUCAUAUUGGCAUUCCCCAGUACAUGCAGUCCUCGAAAGCAAUGAAUGGAAUUUCACAGCAUUUCAUUUAAAUGUUUCAAGGGAACAAUUAAAUGUAUGUAAGUGUUUGUGUCGUUUUAUUGGCGACAGUAACAUUAGUAAUGUCCAAAAAUAUAUACUUUAAGGAUUUAAAAAAAACAUAUUUUUUACAUUUUGAAUGUGUAUCUUACAUUGUGUCUGUAAUAAAAUACAUGUAGCAAACGAAUGUGGGCAAUAAAUGCAUUUAUAUAGCUUUCAAAAUGUCUUUCUUUACACUGGUGGGGGAAUGCCAAGAUGGAGGUACAGUGGCUUCAACACAGCGCAUCCAAAUGUUUUCUAGUGUGUAUAUGUAAUUCAUUGGAUAUAGUGUUUUCUCCUGCACCAAGUUGUUGCCUUCACGUGCCUUGCAUGACUUGCUCAAAUGUGUGAUGCAGAACCAGCUCCACCAUGCGAUGAUGGAAAAGAACUACACCAAUUUAUUUCCAAAUGCAUUUUGAUAACUCCCGUGAAAUUAUAAGAAAAUUAGCAGGUGUGUUAUGCAUUUCAUAGACCAGUAUAGGCUGUUUUAAUUAGGUCUGUAGACCAAGUACAUUUUUUUGUGUAAUGAUGUCUUACACUAUUUCUGUGCCAUCAUACUUAAUUAUGGCACUCUACAAAGCAAGGGACUAUAAUUUUGUUGUAACUAAAGAAUACAUUUAUUUGCAUAUUUCCGUUAAGGAACGCCUACUCUGUUUAGUGCGCGUGUGCAAUAACUCAAUUCGCCUUUGCGCUCUUUCUAAACAACGCAAUUUUUUAGAAACGUUGGCAAAGGGUAAAGUCUACAAAAAGCAGUCUAUCCUGUUUUUUUUUUUGAGAGAGAUUUUAAUUUAGGUAACAAACUGUAUGGAGAUUAAAUAUUUCAUCGAUGAGAAAAUGUGCAGAACGUCGGCCAAAUCCAUCUCGCUUCAUCUUCUCCCACUUGGCUUCCUCUCAUCACCAUAUUUGGUAGUGAGUGGAAAACGCCUGCCGGAUGCUUCACGUUUAUCUGUGCCUUCUCCUUUAAUGAGGGGUACGGACCUCCCAAGGAUUCCAGAUAGCGAAGGCCGAUUGAAAAAGGCAAACAACAAGGAUGUAUUCAUUAAGGAAACCUUUUGCCGUUUAACAACGGAAACGGGGAGGGACCUACUUGAAUUUGUCCAAUAGAAACUAUCGUUUACGCUUUCCUUUUGGAGUAGACUGUUUCUGUUGCAAAACCAGACGAAACGUUUUGCAACAGAAUUGGAGUAAUGAUUACAACCCAGCUCUAGUCAUAGGUUCGGGUUAAGAACAGGGGCUGCGGAGAACACCGAUAUUUUUGAGUAACAAACGCCAUCCGUAGGCUACGUCCUUGAGGAAUGAAAUGACAGUUCGAGGUGUUUUUUUAAAUUAACAAGCAAAGCCUUUUUGCGAGGCCAUUUCUAUGAAAAAAUGCUGGGUCUUCUUGUGAGAGCAGUGGUGAGUCAAACGUUUUUAUAGCCUAAUUAAUGAGUGCGCAGUUGUGCGCCCAUAAGUAAGAGCAGCGCGUUCACUAUUACUGUUGUAAAUGAGGGUGGGGCACCAGGUUAGGUAACUGUUAUAAUUGUAGCCUAAAAUGUGAAGUCAGGCCACUCCGAAUUUCUCCACGAAAAUCAUAUCAAAUGAGCAUUUUACCCCAUUGUAGCUACCACUCGAGUCUCUAUAUUAGGUUACAACAUGGAUAGCCGGCAGUUUCAAUGUUUAAUGGUUGUCUAUAUCAGAUUAAGAUAAAACAGUGGGUUAAACUAUCAUACCAUUUUAAAUAUCCAACAGAUUGCUUUUUAGAUGAUGUGCAUGUUCAUUGCAAGUGUUCACGCACUGUAGCAGAACUGGCUAUUUAUAUUCUAACUUUAAAAAGCUAUCAGGAAACUUGACAGACAAGCACAGUCCAAACAAAUAGUCCUAACAACAUACCAAACUUGAUAGAUCUGUUUUGGUCUCAAGUUUCUGUCAUAAAAUUAGAUCAUACAGUGUUCUAACAAUCUAUUAUUUCAAAAGGUUUUUGGAUUCAUGAAAUAGGAUUGUUUUGAUCACACCUUUUUACAUUGAAACGAAUGUAAAUAAAUGUUAAUCACUUUGUUAA